CAGCGGCAGCAUCCGGGCUCCAUCCCUCAUUUAUUGCCCCAGGUUCCCAGGAGCCCUGGACACGUUGCAGAGCUACCGUGGUGCUGGGCAGGGUCUCACAUUUGUCCCAUAAGCUGCCACUCCCCUGGAACCCGUGGGCAGAUUUGCAUGUAUCCUCCCCACCGCCUGUGCAGCUGAGGCCGACGCUGCCUCGAGCUGGGGAUGGAGAGAUGGGGGAACCGUGUGGACGACAGUGUCCCCUCGUCCCCCGGCUGCUGGCUCUGCUCCUUGUCACCACAGGCACCGCAGCUGUCCAGCCUGAGCCAGUGAGCGGCAUGCUGGGGGGCUCUGCGCUGCUCCCCCUGCCGCUGCACCCCGGCAUCAAGGUGAAGAGGAUCAUCUGGAGCUUCACAGCCCAUGCCAGCACGAAAAUGGAAGUGGUGGAGUACAGCCCAGAGAUAUUCCAACAUCCCAAGUACAGCAGGCAGCGGCUGGAGUUCAAUGAGACAGCACUGCGGAUCAGCGCCCUGGAGCUGGGUGACAGUGGGGUCUACGAUGCACAGGUCACAUAUCAGACAUUAAAGAUGAGCGAAUACUCCUUCAACCUCUCAGUCUACGAGCCUGUGCCAGUGCCCCUGAUCCAGCACGAGCUGCUGUCCCACAGCACCCAGGACUGUACCAUCAUCCUGCGGUGCUUGGUGCCGGCUGGGAGCGGUGCUCAGAUCACCUGGCAGUACGACAACACCUCCAGCACAAUUCGGACACAGAGCGAGGACGGCCACAUGCUGCACCUGACCGUCCCCACCAGCGCCCUCCAUGCCACCUACACCUGCGUGGCACGGAACCCGUUGCAGGAGCAGAGCAACUCCGUGGACCUGGCAGCACUGUGCGAACACGAGUCACACAGGUGGAGGUGGCCCAUCUAUCUGGCAGUGCUGGUGGCCGUGCUGGGAGCCUUGAGCAUCACGCUGUGCCUGCUGAGGAGGAGGGGGAAGGCGACCGACAGAGCUGCUGCUCUCAGCCCCGAGGAGCCGCUGUACUCCCAGGUGCAGAGAGGAGGUGUCGAGGAGAGGGACGAGCAGGGCCUCGCCAGAACCAUCUACAGUGAGGUGGGGACUGGUGGGGAUGGCACGGCCUGGCCGCAGACCUGAGCGAGGGACCACGGACAGACGGAUGGACAGAUGGAGGAAUGGACAGCCGGACAGCCUGCCCCCACCUUGCUUUAUUUUCCCGUGUUCUUUCCCCUUCCCCAUCACACAGGUGCCCGGGCCUGGCGGUGCUCCCCGCACCCCAGGGCCUCGUUCCGGGCGGCCCCGGGCUGUGCGCGGCCCCAAUAAAGGCAGCGAAGAGGA